AUGGCUGAUGUCGAGCGGGUCACGCGUAUCUCACACGCUCAUGAAACGAACGCAGUGAACUACGGCCACCUUGGUACGGCCACCUACGAUGAUCAACUCCACAGCUGGACGUUUCUGCGUCAAAACCGGAUCACGGCUGAGCUUGAUCUGGAGGGCAGAAACACUGUUGCUAUCGCUCUUGAUCACGGUUCGGAGUCUCGGCUGACUCAUCCUACUGUCUACUCUGGAUCUGUGUAUUCACUUGUCCACGAGCAGACAUGGGUCGGUCACUCGAAAGAAACGUCCGAGGCAGGGGAAGGUGAAGGUGAGGAAGUCGAAGAUUCAACGGCCGUUGUCGGCAGCAAAGAUGCAUUUCUGAAAUGGUCAACCGACUCUGGAAAGAACACCUUUCUCAAACAGAUACCCGAUGCUGCAUUUGCCGUUCUUAGCCUGCGCGGCGUACCCUUCAAGUUGUCUUCUACUCCACGAGCCGCGAGUCGAGGAAAUAGUCUGGCUUUCGGCAAUGCCAGGGUUGUCUUUGACCAUGAUGCACGCAACGACCGUGUUCGCCCUAUUGUGGCUUUUACUGCAGGCCCAGGUGGCGAGACACUACGUCUGACCAGUCUGGAUUCAUCCGAUGUACGCUUUCCCAACCGUUCUGGAUUCGAAGAGAUUCAUACGGUACCGGCCAUUGGACAUCAAUGCGAGGGACAUUGGGUGGAGUCAGCAGAGCGGAUAUUGCACAUAUCUUCGGCGCCAACCCAAUAUCGGGCGCAGUUCCUCGUCGUCAAACCAAGCGCCACCAGCAUUCUGCAUCCCCUGAUCAGCGACCGUCAUUCAAUGCCUAGAGCAUUAGGAGAUCUGCACCAUGCUGCAAAGACCUCCAAUCUGCGAGUCGAUCCGUGCCCGGUGGUGACUAUUCCUGCUUCCAGGACUGGAGGAAACUAUCAUGCCCACUCUGCCUUCCACCCUCAAGAUCAGCGCUCACUGGCGGUGGUAGACAUUUGCGGAGUUUGGAGUAUAUGGAAACUUAGAGGAGCCAGAGCCAGGUCUGCCCGUAUGCUGUACCACGUUCACCUCCAAUGUUCCAACGAUCUAGACAAUGCCGCGGAUAUAUUCCAUGUCAAACAUGCUCAGCAACAUUACGAUGGCUGGCACCGGGUCUGCUGGCUCAAAGACGACCAAGGCUCUUAUGACCGACUCUUGGUGUGUAAUCGAAGGGUUGCCGCCGUGUUCGAUCUCUCGGGGGCUUGCGUCGGUGUGGUCGAUAUGCGGCUGGGACCACUGUCGGAUCAGAAUCGGAUCCUUGAUGUCAAGCACAGCGAGCGGCGAAGAGAACACAUUGUAGUGUUAACCACCUCACGAUUGUUGAUCUUCAGUUCGUCCAAGGUCAGCUGGAAAGAUCGGUCAGGAGUUGAACCAUUGACUCUUGCAUGUUCGUGGAACCAUUUCCGAGAUGGCCAUGACCUGUCCUUGCGCAUGAGUUUGUGCGAGCUACCACAAGCGACCGCUGUACUAGUUUAUUCGCGGACAAGCCAUCUCAGCCUCGUCUAUCAUUUCGGAAACGAUGGACUGAGCCAAAAUACAGUCUCCUUGAAGGAUCCAUCGGUAUUCCAGAUGCCACGGUACCUCCAAUCGCGUAUGGAGCAGGUCAGCGACGUUGUUCUUUGUCCAAUCAAGCCUGCUGCGACAAGCUCUUUAUCCACCCUGGCUGAAUGCGACCUUCUCAAGCUCAUCGCGUGUUUGAUGGAUGGCACGAUGGUAGAGGCCGUCUACAAACAUGGACUGGGAAAGCAGUUGGGCUCUGUCGAGAGUGGUGUGAACCGUAUCUUCAGCUUGUCUCUGGCUGUCCACCCCGUCCAAAGCGCCAGAUACGUUGACGAAGAUGAAACCGAUGAUUUUGUCGUAGACGAUGAUGCCGAAGAGCAGCGGGUGGUUCAUGACCGCCAGGAUCGUUCGCACACUGACACCGCCUCGUCAGGUGUGCCUCAUUUCCGCAAUUGGGACCGGCUACUCGACUACGAUAUCCUACGUGGCAGCGCCCAUCCUUCUCGCUCUUUCGACGAGGCACUGGAUGAAGCAGCUCAACGAGUCCGGAUGAUGAGCAUGCAAGACAGGAUUGAGCAAGUGCAUUUGCUAUCAAACUUUUCUGGAGUUCUUCAAAUUUCAGACGUGGAGCAAGACUCGGAGUCUCUUGGGUUGUGGCUUGAUGAAUUGGGAAACAGCGAAGGCGUCUCGGUCGAGAGGGUUGGUCUCCACCUUGGACUUUUCCCGCCAGGGUCUUCCCAGGACAACUUACUUGAGCUCUAUGAUGGCUUGAUCGCCUCCUAUAUUGAGACUCUUUCGUCAGCGGUCACAGAUCGUAACCGGGUCAAUUGCGAAAGACUUGUGCGUCAGGCCGCGGCAGAAGCUUUCACCAGCAAUGUGGUCUUGAGCAUCGGCGUUUCCGAGUCAGCUCAAGCACGAUCAGUGCUUCCCGAGAGGCAUGCGUCGUCGCCGCCACUAGAGUCAGAUAUGGAAGGAGCUUCGUCGUCUCAGAUUUCCGCAUCCCAGAGCCCACUGCCGCAAGAAGAGCCGGCAGUGGCACGCUUACGGAGAUAUGCAGUGUUCCAAGAGGAGGUGCCUCCUUUACUGCUGGACCACAAUCCGACCAUAUCAAGUAUACUAGCACAUCUGCCUGAUUCGAUCGACGAGGAUCCUGCCGAGUACUCAUACCGGGAGAUCACCCAGCGAGUGAGAUUGGCACAGGAAGAAAUAGCAACACAAUCAUUAGACCCACGCGAGAGACGCAAGGCCGCCAAACAUGCCGCGCGUCUGCAAAGAAAGCUCGAGAAGACGGCGAAGAUGAGUCAGGAUGCCAUGAUGCAGCGGACAUUGUUGCCCAGCAUCGCCACCGGCGCUACUGGGGUGACAUUGCCGGGAAGGGAAGUGCAGAGCAGCCAACAGGCUGCGCCCGAGUCGAGUCAGGCGCAGGAGGGAAUUCCUGGAUUGAGCAUGACGCAGCCGGAAAGAGGCGCAUUUGGAGCCCGGCCGGCCAAGGUCAAAGCGAAGGGGAAGGGAAGUAAGAGGAGAGCUGGAUUUUGA